AAAAAAAAAAAAGAGAGAGAUGCAGAUGAUAUUGAAAAAAUGAUCACUCAUUUAGAUCAGAAAAAUGUCUACAUUAAUCUUUUCUUUCCUUGGUUCAAGAAAAGCACUCUGUCCAUAGACAUAUGACCAAACUUUUUGUUGUUGUUUUAGUUGUUGUGUUUGCUUUGUUUGAGACCUGAACUCAACAGUGUUGCUCUGCCUGGUCCCAAACUCACCAUGCAGGACUGGUUGAACUGGAACAAAGAGAGUUCCACCCACCUCUGUCUCCUGAGGGCUAGGAUUAAAGGUGUUCACCAACACGAAUGUCCAAACUGUUGUUUAUUUUGUGGUCUGUUGACAGUCAGUGUUGUGACUGUGGACUUCUCCCAGGAGGAGAGGCAAUGCCUGGACCCUGCCCUGAGGGAUUUGUACUGAGACUGGAUGUUGCAGAGUUGCAGCAGAAUGGUUUCCAUGGCAAAGAAUUAUUUGCUUGCAAUCUCCCUUGCUCCUCCUCAGGUUUCUUGGCAAAUUACUCUGCAAGUGUGUGAGCUUUGUGCGAACGAGUCUCACAUCCCCCAGAAUAGAGCGAAAUGCUCAAAGGAAAAAAAGAAAAAUUUCAAGAAUUGUUCUCUCUUCUUUGUGUGUGUCCCUUUGGGCGGUGUGAGGCUUCCAAUCAUCUUGAGUCUGUGAUGAAUUCAGAACCUCACUAGUGUACAAUGUUCUCAUCCCAAUCAUUCAGUUCCAUUUCUGCCCCUGAGAUUUGAGGGAACUGUGAUUGGAUGUGGGAUUCAAGUUAAGGUAUAACCAAAAAUGCUUUCUAAUUGUUUUCAGUAUUCUGACACUGCAGGAGAAUUGGGGAAUCAUUUGUAUAAUCCUGUAUUUAGUGUUCUCUUCAUCUACAGAGCACAGUACUGUGUGAGAGAUCCAGGAGCUUCCUGAACAAUCUUUCUCAUGUGCAGGCUCACUGAUCACCCAGAUCUGCUCACCUGUGCAGCAGAACAGAGGGGCCUGGAAGGAGAGAGGAGACAGUGGCUAAGGAUGCAGGUCAGCAAGCCAUGAUAGUCAUUGUUCCUGAAAGAGAAACUCAUAAAAGAGAAACGGAAAGAAAUGUCUGAUUCUAUGGUCAACAUGCCCCAGGACCUAUCAACAUUCAGGGAUGUGACUGUGGACAUCUCCCAAAAGGAGAAGGAAUGCUUGGGCUCUGCUCAGAGGGCUUUGUACAUUGAUGUGAUGUUAGAGAAUUACAACAACCUAGUCUCUGUAGAGAACUAUUGCAAAUGUGAUCCUGUCCAUCACCAUGUGAAGACUGAAACGGAGUCUUGUCAGUGUAAUGAGCUUGGCAAAGUGCUUCAUGACCCCUCCUCAUGUGCACUUUAUAGAACAAGUGAACCUACAGAAAACUCCAAUAACUACACAUGCAGUAAUCCCAGGGAUGCCUCUGUUGACUCAUCAAACCCAGACAGACAUGAAAGCAUGCACACUAGAGAAGAAGCUUGCCAAUCUAAAAACUGUGAGAGACCUUUAAAUUUGUGUUCCAACAUGACUCAAGAUCAGAGAGUCUACACUGCAAAGAAAGACCACAGGCAGAGAGACUAUGAUGACUAUUUCACCUCUGCGUACAGACUCAUGCAGCAAACAAUCUGUAUUAGAGAGAAGCAACACCAGUGUAAGGAAUGUGGAAAAUCCUUCAGUACUGCCUCAAACCUCAGUGUACAUCGGAGAAUUCAUACUGGAAAGAAACCCUACAAGUGCACUUUUUGUGAAAAAUCCUUUACCCAGCGUUCAACCCUUAAAAUCCAUCAAAGGCUUCAUACUGGGGAGAAACCUUACAAAUGCAAAGAAUGUGGAAAGUCUUUUCGUCAGUUGUCAGGAUUUAAGAGCCAUCAGAAAUUGCAUACUGGAGAGAAGCCUUAUAAAGGCAAAGAAUAUGGAAAGUCCUUUAUUGAAAAGUCAAGUCUUAAAGGGCAUUCCAGAAUCCAUACUGGAGGGAAAUGGGAGGGCUCACUGAUCACCCAGACCUACUCACCUGUGCAGCAGAACAGAGGCACCUGGAAGGUGGAGAGAGAGGAGGAGACAGUGGCUAAGGAUGCAGGGCAGCAAGACAUCAAUUUAGCAAGCCGUCUAUUGUUCCUGAAAGAGAAACUCAACCAAGAGAAACAACAUGAAAUGGCUGAUUCUACAGGACAUACGUCCCAGGGUCUGUUGACAUUCAGGGAAGUGACUGUGGACUUCUCCCAGGAGGAGUGGGAACUCAUGGACUCUGCUCAGAGGGCUCUGUACAUUGAUGUGAUGCUGGAGAAUUAUAACAACCUUGUCUUUGUGGGGAACUAUUGCAAAUCCGAUCCUGUCCAUCAGCAUGUGAAGACUGAAAAGGAGUCUUGUCAGUGUAAUGAGCUUGGCAAAGUCCUUCAUGACCCCUCCACAUGUGCACUUUAUAGAACAAGUGAAACUACAGAAAACUCCAAUGACUACACAUGCAGUAAUCACAGGGAUGCCUCUGUUGACUCAUCAAACCCAGACAGACAUGAAAGCAUGCACACUGGAGAAGGAACUUGCCGAUCUACAGACUGUGAGAGACCUUUAAAUUUGUGUUUCAACAUUACUCAAGAUCUAAGACUGUACACUGCAAAGAAAGAGCACAGGCAGGGAGAAUAUGAUGACUAUUUCAGCUCUACAUUUGAUCUUUGGCAACAAUCAAUCUACAUAGGAAGAAAACCACACCAGUUUGGUAAAUUUGAUAAAUGCUUCAAUACCACCUCAAGCCUCACUUUACAUCAGAGAAUUCAUAGCGGAGAAAAACCCUAUAAGUGUAGUGUUUGUGACAAAUCCUUUACCUGGUUCUCAAAUCUUGAAAGACAUCAGAGAGUUCAUACUGGAGAAAAGCCUUAUAAAUGUGGGGUGUGUGGCAAAUCCUUUAAUGUGAACUCAAGUCUUGAAAGACAUCAGAGAGUUCAUACUGGAGAAAAGCCUUAUAAAUGUGGAGUAUGUGGCAAAUCCUUUAAUGUGAACUCAAGUCUUAAAAUGCAUCAGAAAACUCACACUGGGGAGAAACCUUACAAAUGUAGGGAAUGUGACAAAUCCUUUACCCAGAAUGCACAUCUUAAAAGACAUCAGAGAGUUCAUACUGGAGAGAAACCUUACAGAUGUCAGGAAUGUGACAAGUCUUUUACUAAGUGCUCAACUCUUCAAGCACAUCAGAAAAUUCAUACUAAAGAGAAAACCUAUAAAUGCAAAGCCUGUGACAUAUCCUUUACCCAGUAUUCAAAUCUAAGAAAACACCAAAGAGUUCAUCCUAAAGAGAGACCUUACUUCUGUAAGGAAUGUGGCAAAUUUUUUACUAGCAACUCGUAUCUUAAAAUACAUCAGAAAAUUCAUACUGGAGAGAAACCUUACAAAUGCAAAGAGUGUGGCAAAUCCUUCACCCAAUGUUCAACUCUUAGAGCACAUUACAGAGUUCAUACUCGAGAAAGACCUUGCAUGUGUAAGGAAUGUGGCAAAUCUUUUACUAAGUCCUCAAUUCUUCGAGCACAUCAGAAAAUUCAUACUGAAGAGAAAAAUACUGAUGUAAACAAAAUGACAUAGCACUAUUAUCUUGUGUUCUCUGCUUAUAAAUCGUAACAGUAUACAUAAAAGAAACAAAGAUUAGAAACUUGUAAAAGCCUUUAAAGGUUUAAAUCUUGAAAAGUAUCAGAGUUUGUAUUAAAUUAAAAUUCUGCAAUUCUGUGUGAAAAUCUUUUUAAAAAAAACAUCUGACUGCUUGUGUGUCUGUACAUUAUAUGUAUGCUUCCUGCCUGUGGAAUCCAAAAGAGAGUAUCAGAUCCUCUCAAGCUGGAGGUAAAGGCAAUUGUGAGCUGCUGAAUGUGCUGGCAACUGACACCUGGCUCUCUAGAAGAGCAGGCAGUACUCUGAACCACAAAACCACCCAUGGGAAAAACUAUAAUAAAAACAUUUAUCUUGUUCAAUAUCCUAAAUUUCAUAGUAAUGCCAGGCAUGAUGAUUGUAGUGCUUCGAAAGAAAAUGAUCACCAAAGGUUGUGGCACUCUUAGGUAGUAUGGCUUUGUUGGAGUAGGUGUGGUCUCUUUGGAGGAAGUGUCACUAUGGAGGUUGUCUUUGAGGUCUCAUUUGCUCAAAAUACCACCCAGUGUCUGAGUCCACUUCCUUUUGCCUUUGGAUCAAGAUCUAAGGACACUCACCUCCAGGACCACCUCUGACUGCAUGCUGCCUUGCUUCUCCCCAUGACGAUAAUGGACUAAAGCUCAGAACUAUUAAGUGAGCCAUCCUUAUUAAAUGCGUCCCUUUGUAAGAGUUGCCAUGGUUAUAGGGUCUCUUAACAGCAAUAGAAACCCUAAGAUAGAAGUUGGGCCCAGGCACUUUGGUAUUGAUGGGAGAGGCCUGAGUAUGUUUUUGUUUGAAGGAAUAUAGACCUCAGGACUGUGGGCUGGGAAAACAGUUAUCUGCUUGAAGUGCUGACUAAUGGAGCAUCCUACUAGAAGCAUGGAAGUCAGUGGUACUGUGGAAAAGAGUGUUAGUGUGGGGCCUAGAGAUUGUUCUGGUGAUAUUUUGGUGAAGAAUAAGGAUGCCUUUUGCCCUUGUCCAAAGGGUCUGCCUAGGGGUAAACGAGUUUUGAUUAAUUCUGUUGGCAGGAGAAAUCUCAAAACAGCCUAGUAUUGACUCUGUCUUGUGGUUGUUAAUGGUAACUGUACUGAAGAUUUAUAAAAGGAUCAAGCUGGACAAGAAAGAAAAAAAUACAGGAUGUAGGACAAUUUGAGAAAAGCAGUACCUGGUAUGGAUUUAAAUUUUGUGUCCAGGGAGAUAAACAGCUUAAGAAAUGGAACAAAGGGAGCGGUGACCUCAGGGCAAGAUCCCACCCAGAUAAGUUUCUAACUUGUGAAAAGGGAUUAAAGAAGAGCUUGGAGCCAGUUAUAGUGAUGCACGCCUUUAAUCCCAGCACAGGGAUGGCAGAGGCAGGCAGAUCUCUGAGUUUGAUGCCAGCCUGGUCUACAGGGCAAGUUCCAGAAGAGCCACCCUUAGGCAGUGAAGAAAACUAUGAAAUACAGAAAGCUGGUAAAGACAUAAUUUAAAGACCCGGACAUGUUCCAGCCCCAGUAAGCAAGAGAAUGAGGCACAUUUACCCUAGUAGUUCUGGCUUCAAGGGUAGAAGAAAGUUGUGGAAACCUCCUCUACUGAGGAAAGCUACUGAGGCCAGGCCGUGUCGGGGGCGUCCCUGAAUGGAGGACCAGAGAGGUAAUUGUGUGAAGCUGUAAAGGAGAAGCUUGGAUUGCCAUGGAGACCCUAAGAUGUUAGAGAUGCCAGAGUCAUGUGAUACCUGCUGAGGAAAGCUGCCAACAGGGAGUGGAACCAUCCCAAGAGAAAGAAGUGUGUUGCAGUUAACAAAACUGCAGGGAGUUGGAGCUCUGAAGAGCAUUUUGACAUCAGAUGUGGAAAUGCAGAGUUUAGAGUUUGAUCUUGUUUUGGUCCAGUAUUUCCUUACUAUGCUCCCUUCUCUGUGUUUUAGAAUGACACGACAUGCUCCGUGCCAUUAUAUGUUGGAAAUAUUUGAUCUGUUUUUUUUUUUUUUAUUUUCAUUGUAUAGGGGAUCACAGUGAAAGAGAUUACAUGACUCGCAGAAGAAACUUUGGACUUUUAAACAUUGUUUUUGAGAUUGUGAUCGACUUUGGGGUCUUUUGAAGAUGCGCUGGAUGAAUUUUUCCAUUAUGAUAUAGCUAUAAGCCUUUGGGGGCCAAAGAGUGGAAUGUGGUAUUUUGAAGGAAAAUGGCCCCUAAAGUGAGUGUGACUUUUAGGAGGUGUGGCCUUGUUGGAGUAGGUGUGGCCUGUUGGCAGAAGGGUGUCACUGGGGUGGUGAGCUUUGAAGUCUUUUGUGCAAGCCAUACCCAAUAAGAUCAUUCACUCCUGUUGCCUUUGGAUUGUUAAAAGGCAGCUUACUCCAUUUUCUUUUAAAUUAAACAGAUUUUGAUCAUGUCCUUA